AUGGCCGCGCCUCAAAAACCUGAGACCUUCAUGCUGAGCACGGAGGCUCAGCAGGCCCUUCCCCAUGAUGCGCAAGUUGCCCUCCAGCAGGUUGACAACCUCAAAUACUUCCUCAUCUCUGCUCCCGUCGAUUGGCAACAAGAUCAGUACAUUCGCCGCUUUCUGCUCCCUACCGGCGAAUACGUCUCUUGCGUUCUCUGGAACACGCUCUUCCACAUCUCUGGUACCGACAUUGUCCGCUGCCUGUCUUUCAGAUUCCAGGCUUUCGGCCGUCCCGUAAAGAACUCCAAAAAGUUCGAAGAGGGCAUCUUCUCCGACCUCCGAAACCUCAAAUCCGGCACCGACGCCUCGCUCGAAGAACCCAAGAGCCAGUUCCUCGACUUCCUCUACAAGAACAACUGUAUCCGCACCCAAAAGAAGCAAAAGGUCUUUUACUGGUACAGCGUUCCCCAUGAUCGCCUCUUCCUCGAUGCUCUCGAGCGCGAUCUCAAGAGAGAAAAGAUGGGCCAGGAAGCCACCACUGUCGCUGUCAGCGAGCCUGCCCUCUCCUUCCAGUACGACUCCUCGCAGUCGCUCUACGAGCAGCUGACAAAGACCCAACAAGUCAACUCCUCGUCUUUCAACGCCCAGCACUCCUCCUUCACGCAGGGCCAGUCUGCUUCUCCCAUCAUGAAGGCCAUGGAAGCCAUGCCUCCUCCCAACAUGAUGCACCAGGCCAUGGGCCACAUGCCCGAUACCAUGGACCCAAUGGGCGCCUACGACGCCGUUAACAUGGCCCCCGUAGCUCCUCCGCAAAUCGCUGCUGUCAAGCGCGAGCCAGACUUUACUCGUGUCCAGUACAAUCAGAACGGCAUUCCCGUCCAUGGCGGCCACCAGCGCCAUGCUUCCAUGCCCGCCUACGGCCUCGAGUACUCUCCUGCUCCGUCUUUUGUGUCUUCGCAGUACGACGAUUACGGCAACCGCGGUCUGUCCUUUGAGCCCAUUACCCCUCCUCAGCAGGCUCUCGGCGUCUCCGCUGAGCCAGCAUACAUUGCCAACGAGGAAACUGGCCUAUACUCGGCCAUACCUGAUCACCUCUCUGGCAUGAACGGUCUGAAUGGCAUGGUUCAGCUGCCCCCCUCGACCAUGGCCGGCCAUCAGUUCAACCGCUCCUACGGAAGCAAUAAUGUCUACUCUGUUAUUGAGGGCUCUCCCACAUACAAGCAGAGAAGACGCCGCUCCUCUAUUCCUCCCGGCAUGGCUGCCAUUGCUCCCCCUCCUUCGUCCAACCCCAAUGCGCCUCACAGACCUUCUGACCUCCGUCGAUCCAUCUCUGUCUCUGUCGGUCCCGUUACCGAAGGCGACGAGUCCGAGGACAACUCUCCUCCUGGUCUGUCUUAUAGUAAUGGCAUGUCCAUGACCAAGCAGAAGCCCCUCGAUGACAUCUCGAGACACGGUACCCCCCUUUCAACUGUCGAGUCCAACUCGGGUCUCAACCCUCUUGCUCUUCAGCAAAGCUUUGGAAGCGAUGACAUGUCUGGCAACGGCUCCUUCCACGAGCACCGCCGAGCCAUCUCUGGCCCUGCUGGUGUGAUUCGCCGUGCUCGCUCCGCGACUGUCAUGGAACUGGGCCCAUACCCUCACAAGUCACACUCAUGCCCGAUUCCCACUUGCGGUCGUCUCUUCAAGCGUUUAGAGCACCUCAAGCGACACGUCCGCACCCAUACGCAAGAGAAGCCCUAUGUCUGCCCUCAGUGCAACAAGGCCUUUUCUCGCUCCGACAACCUGGCACAGCACAAGCGCACGCACAGCCGUGAGGAUGGCGCCGAAGGCUCCCUCCAUCUCUCUGCCGAGGAGGAAGAGGAGUACUCUGGUGAGGAACCCCUGGGUUCCCUCGAAGAGGCCUCUCCCUCAUCAGAGAUGGCUUACAUCACCGGUUCUCUGAAUGGCGAGGUCAACCAAAAUGGCAUGGCUCCCCCUUCAUCCAUGUCCAACUCGUCAUAUAACAGCCUGCAAACGCUAAGUAUGCCCAUGACGCUCAGCCAGCCGUCAAUGAUUUAA